AAAGUCAUUGAAAAAUAAACUGAAAGUACUUGAGAACACCAAAAAUAAAAUGCUUCGUUGUGCCAUUGCUGGACUUGGAAAGAUUUCCUGUACCGCUGUUUCAAGGUCGCAACUAUUUGGUGGACCUUUCAACAAUGCUGCAGCCCUGUACUCCCCUAUGUGGAAGCGCCAUCAAAAGACAAUGCCUGUCGUUGAAUCGCCCCAUGGUUUGCCUAAGAAAAAGUAUUCGCCUUUCGGCACUAAUCAAGCAACUUUUGUUGAGUGGUCGCUUGCCCGCCUGGACGAUCUUCUCAAUUGGGGACGCAAGGGCUCCAUGUGGCCUUUGACCUUUGGACUGGCCUGUUGUGCCGUAGAAAUGAUGCACAUCGCCGCUCCACGCUACGACAUGGACCGUUUCGGCGUUGUGUUCCGCGCUUCGCCACGUCAAGCGGACGUCAUUAUUGUCGCCGGAACCCUCACCAACAAAAUGGCGCCAGCGCUGCGAAAGGUGUACGAUCAAAUGCCCGAGCCCAGGUGGGUCAUCUCAAUGGGCAGUUGUGCAAAUGGUGGUGGUUACUACCACUAUUCGUAUUCGGUGGUACGCGGCUGUGACCGCAUCAUACCCGUCGACAUCUAUGUGCCUGGUUGUCCUCCCACGGCUGAAGCCCUCAUGUACGGCGUGCUGCAGCUACAGAAGAAAGUGAAACGGAUGAAGACGCUGCAGAUGUGGUACAGAAAGUAAUGUUUACACAUUUCUACAAGGACUUUGUAAUUUGGUUCACAAGUUUAACAUCGCAUUCAAACAGAAGAUGUUAAAUGAACUUAAUUCAUAUAAAUUAUGCACCGAUAUGGAAGUACACAUACAUUUGUUUAUUUAAUCGCCAAAGGGUGGUUUUAUAACUUUAAUAAAAAUAAAUAAAUAUGCUAUUAUUUGUUUAUCAAAA